AUGUCAGAAGGUAAGAGUUUUAAAGACUUGUAAUUACUACGAUUAGGUUUGGGCGCGGGAAACGGUACAAUUAGGGGUUUUUUGGGUGAAGGGGGAAGAGAUGAAUAUGUUGAGGUAAGAAAAGAUGAGUAUGUUGAGGUAGAAAAAUAUUGAUUUUUAGAACAAGUAGGGUAAAAAGAUGAAAAAUUUAGUAUUAUUAGGUUGAACCAAAAGUAGCGGGACACUUUUUUUAGUUGACAAGUAAAUGAAAAGUGUCCCGCCACUUUUGGUUCAACCUAAUAACCUUAUUUCCAGUCGAAGUGGAUACCGAUGAUUGUUCAACAGCCGUAUCAGGAACCUUUCCCAUGUCCGAGGUGGCAGUGACCUUCGCAGACAUUAGUUCGUUCUGUGAUUCGACGUACUCAUUAGAUUCUACCCUCAAUUCCACCCUCAAUUCGACCAUUCCCUCAUUGUCCAGUAGUCAGUUGCGAUCCGUGAGUAAGAAGUUCACUUCAGAAGACGAGUCGGAAUCAUCAUUAUCAUCGUUAUCGGAGUUGAGUACAUCCGCCUUCGAACACAGCUCGAUCAGUGAUAUUGAAGAAGAAGUCAAUGGAAAGUUGAAGGAGUUGAGCAGUGACAUUAGCUCCAUGGAGUCAAUUUACGAAGGUAGGUACUAUGUUUUUGAAAAGUCAUUAAGGUACUACAAUGUUUUUCAGAAAGUAUUAAGGUACUAUAAUAUCAAUUAUAAAGGCAAAACUAUAAAAUUCCUUAAAAAAUAGGCUAAACUACUACAAAACUUGACAGAAUCAACCAUAUAAAACAUACCUAAUAACUUUUCAGAAUUCGGACCAAAGCCAUCGCUGUCCGAGAUCGUGACCGGCUUCGACGACGACUACUCUUAUGAGCUCGAACCAAGUUUCGUUGAAUCGAAUAGCGAGAAUUCUGGAAUGGAAACAGCGUUAGAAUACAAGGAAGAUGAUCAAGUGUGGUUCCUGGAUACGGCCUAUGAAAAUACCGACCUCAUCGCAUCGGAAAACGAUUUAUCGACCUGUCUUGGUGUCAGUGAAAUACGACUUUAA